CGAGCGCUCUGCGUUUGUAUGUUUCCACUCAUCACGACCAAACUCCAUCACUGUUCGUCAUUCAUUUCAAAUGGAUUGUUUUUAGUUCUUAUUUUUGAGAGCUUGUUAUCUGAAUCAUGCGCUCACCAUGAAUCAUUUUAUACAUGUAAUUUAUCACAUUCACGUACAGCACAUGAGCUGAUUGUGUAACCACUAAACAUUUAACUGAAAACUAACACAUUCAACUCAGUUGUCAAAAUUAUAUAAUGCUUAUAAUGUAAAGCUACAGCUUUAGCUGCUUUAUCUUCUGACCCGACGAUUGUUUCCGCACGGUAGAUUUAGACACACGGAACCGGAAUAGCAACAUCGCCACUUCCCGUGCAACUUUCACACAUGUGCAAUGUGGAGAAUGAAACGUGAUUAGCGUAGGCUAAACCUUUGUACAAUUAGCCAAUCGAAUAUUACCGCAACGUAUUAACUCACUUCAGGUGGAUAUUAUUAUAAUAUAUAUUUAUAUAAAACCAAAGCAUGGCGGAGGUCAUCCAGCUGCGUGUCGAGGAGCGCAUCCCGGAGCUGGAGCACCUGGAGAGAGUCGGGCUGUUCACUAGUAAAGAAGUCAAAUCCCUGAUCAAAAGAGCUACAGCCUUGGAAUACAAGCUUCAAAGGUUGAUUCUAAACAAGGAGGAUUUCAUCGCAUACAUUCAAUAUGAAAUCAACGUUUUAGAGCUUGUGAAAAAGAGAAGAGAGCACAUUAAAUACAAUUUCAAAAGGGAGGAGAUUGAGUUCCCCAUCGUCCAAAGAAUAAAUGGGGUCUUCAAAAGAGCUACAAACAAGUGGAAGAGUGAUGUGCAGCUGUGGCUCUCUCAUAUUGCUUUCUGUAAGAAAUGGGCCACCAAGACUCAUCUCAGCAAAGUAUUUUCGGCCAUGAUCGCAAUACACCCUGAUAAGUCAGGACUGUGGAUCAUGGCUGCCAAGAGUGAGAUGGAGGAUAUGAAUUCUUCUGAAAGCGCCAGGCACCUGUUUCUGAGAGCUCUUCGCUUUCAUCCAGAGGACAAGAAGGUCUUCCAGGAGUACUUCCGGAUGGAGUUAUUGCAUGCAGAGAAACUGAGGAAGCAAAAGAGCAUGGCAGAGGAGGCUGAGAUGGACCUGGGUGAAUAUGAAUUUUCUCCAGAGCUUAUGAGUGGCAAACUUGCAGAGAUUGUCUACAAAGAGGCUACCGAGAAAAUCCAAGGCGCAGAGUUCAUCAUCUCACUCCUGAAUAUUGCAGCCAUCUUUGAUUUCACUAAGGAACUACAGGAUACCAUCCUAACUGACAUACAGAGCAAGUACACAGAGGACUGCGUGACAUGGGACUUCUUGGCCAGGAGAGAGCUGGAGAAACCCAGUGCUGGCGAAGAGCUGUCCACAGCCAAGGGCAGAGCGUCUGACAUCGCCCGGCGGGAGGAACGCUGCAGCCUGGUCUACGAGGAGGGCCUCCAGAGCCUUAACACCGAACCCAUGUUUACGUGCUACGCUGCCUUCUGCUUGGAAAGGCAUAAGAGGAAGACUAACGUCCAGGAGUUGAAAGACAAGAGAGAGCAGAGGCUGCAGGGAGUGUUUCAGCGCGCUCACGACUCGUCGAUGCUCAAGGAGGCUUUCUACAAGAACUGGCUUCAGAUCCUACUCGCUGCUGGAGAUGCUGAGGGAGUGGCCCGGGUUGCCAUGGCAGCAACACUGCGAUACAGCCAAUCUGUUUCGACGUGGACCCUCCGCCUGCAGAUGCUAAUGCAGUUGGACAGCGGAGACCUCAAAACACUAUUCAAGGAAGCUCUUGAAUGCAUUAGUCCCAAGGAGAGCCUACCUGUGUGGCGGCUGCAGGUUCAAUGGAGCACGGGCAGCCAGAGUCCAGAGGAGACCGAAGCUUUGCUCAAGAGAGGUGUGCUGUCUGCAGUGCCGGCUGUUGCCAUGGAGAUGAAAGAGUGUUAUCUCGACUGGUCCUCCGCCACUGGGGGAUACAAGAAGGCUAGGAAGACGUUUGUAAGUUUGCAUGAAAGCCGGCCUUUCUCCAAGACCUUUUUUACCAAAAUGAUCCAAAUUGAGCUGGAACAAGCCUCUCCCAAGAUGAGCAACCUGAGGGACUGCUACGAGAGGGCUCUGCGAGAGUUUGGCACCUCAGACGAAGAUCUGUGGCUGGGGUACAUCAGGGAGGAGCUGGGGACGCGAGGCCAGCCUGAGAACUGCGGCAAGCUGUACUGGAGAGCCAUGAAGCUGCUGGAGGGGGAGAGUGUGGAGAGAUUUGUCUCCAAUUAUACCCUGCUCCAGACCGGACACCUCUGAACACCACCUGUUGGGCUCCACAGCUGACCCCAGCAGAGUUGCAAUCACUGAGGCCUGAAUAUGUGGGUUCAUUCAAACCAAUGGGGAAAUCCCAUGUAAAAGAUGGGUUGCUUCUGAGUUUGUUGGAGAUCAAUUGCAGGGAUUGUGCAGUAUAAGCAUCAAUCUUGUCUUGGUCCAAAUAUAACCAUAACCAUAAUAACGAUUCUGUCUGUCAAUGAAUGAUGUAUACAUGGUACCACAGACACUUGUUCCUGUUUGAUAGCAACGAUUCCCUGUUUAUUUGAUAUUAAAGGAAAAGCUUUUGGCAUAAAAAAAA